CGCGCCCGCCCAGCUCCGCCGCCACCGCCGCUCCGCCGCCGGCCAUGGCCAAGGACCAGCUGAAGCCGCGGCUGUGCCGAAUGCUCAAGGGGGAGAGCGGCUACGGCUUCCACCUGCACGGCGAGAAGGGCAAGAGCGGCCAGUUCAUCCGCAAAGUGGAGCCCGGCUCGCCCGCCGAGGCUGCGGGGCUGCGCGCCGGGGACCGCGUCGUGGAGGUGAACGGGCUCAACGUGGAGCAGGAGACGCAUCACCAGGUCGUGCAGCGCAUCAAGGCCGUGGAGACGGAGACGCGCUUGCUGGUGGUGGACAAGGAGACGGACGAGUACCUGUGCAGCCUGAGGCUCACCUGCACCGAGGACAUGGUGCACAACGGGAUCCUGCUGGGCUCUGCCAAGGGCCUGCCCAGCGACAACGGCGAGGUUUGGAAACCGCAGCUGGAUCUGAGCGGGGGCGGCCUCCAGAGGCAUUCCCACAGCUUCUCCUCGCACGGCAGCAGGAAGGAUUUGAACGGACAGAAGGAGCUGUGCCCACGUCUCUGCCACCUGAAGAAAGGCCCCAAUGGCUACGGCUUCAACCUGCACAGCGAGAAAUCCCGGCCGGGGCAGUUCAUCCGCUCGGUGGAUCCCGACUCGCCGGCUUCCCGGGCGGGGCUGCGGCCCCAGGACCGCCUGGUGGAGGUGAACGGGAUAAACGUGGAGGGCCUGCGGCACUCGGAGGUGGUGUCCCACAUCAAAUCCAGGGACAGCGAAGCCAGGCUCCUGGUGGUGGACCCCGAGACAGACGAGUACUUCAAGAAGCUGGGGGUGACCCCCACGGAGGAGCACACCAAAGGUGUGGUGCCCCAGCCCAUGACAAAUGGAUCUGCACAGACUCAGCUGAAUGGAGGAUCCACAUCUUCAUCUCACAGUGACCUACAGAGUCCUGGGAAGGAAUCUGAGGACGGAGACACGGACAAGAAGGACCCGUUUGAGGAGAGCGGGCUGAGCCUGAGCCCCACGGCCGCCGAGGCCAAGGAGAAGGUGAGGGCCAAGCGUGUGAAGAAGCGAGCGCCGCAGAUGGACUGGAACAAGAAACGGGAGAUUUUCAGCAAUUUCUGAGCCCUGCUGGUGGCCGCCGUCCGCUCUCCUCUGCCCCAGCUCGGACAUUUCUGAGGUGCCUACGCCCUGUCCCUCGGUGUCCACGUGAGAUGCUUUGUGCUCUGCUCUUCACUGGUUGCUUUUACGAGGCGUAUUUUAAAGUCCUUUUUAUUUUUAUUUUUUAUUAUUAUUAUUAUUGUUGUUAUUAUUAUUGUUAUUGUUACUCACCAGCGAUUCUCAUAAGACAAAUGUGACCAAAGCUCCUUUUCUCGCUUGCUCUUGAGCCCGGCUCCAGCUGCCCACCGUCCCCCAUUCCUAUGAGAAAGGACUGGAAGAAUUUUAACUCUUGUUCUUUACCUGCAUCAUUUAGGCUUCUGUUACUUCUUUUUUAUUUUUUCUGUGAGGUGUUUUGGCUUUGUGGGUGUCCCAGGCUGAGCCCCGUGGGAUGCUCUGUGCCCCUGUGCAAACAUCUCACGGCUCGUGGUGGGUCCCUGCAGGGUGGGGGUGCCAGGACCCCCCUCCCCAGCUCCCCAUGCCCAGCAUUAGCUACUCCCACCACGGGAAGAUGGACUGUGGCUGGAAAUGGUUUGUUGGCUUUGCUAUUGAAGCAAAAGUAUUUGUUUUGUUGGUUUUUUGUUUUUUUUUUUGUUUUAUUUUAUUGAAGUCCCAUGUGUUUCCAGUUAGUUUAGGAACCUCCCCCCAGCAGCAGCUCCUGCCCAGGCAGUAAAAGCCCAUUUUUCACCCCAAACAGCUGUGCAGAGGGGAGAGAGUGGGGUUUAAAAGCAAACCCCAAGGCCAAAGGGCACAGCUCUCCCUGCCUGCAGCCGUGGAUGUGGCAGGGGAGGAGGGAGAGGAGCCAGUCCUGCCCCAUGGAGCACGAAGAUGACAACCACGAGAUGCCACAAAAACUCCUUGGACAGACCUGGCAGCGGGGAUCACCCAACAUCUGCUUCCAGGAGGGAGCAGCUCUAUCUGAGGCUCGGUACUGGGGAGUGGGGCUGGUCCAGGUCCCACCUGGGCUGGGUUUGGUGGCUCCAGCCAGGAGUGUCACUGCUGGAAGGACAUCCUCCAAAACCGUGGGGCUGGAGAUGGAGCAGGCACUGGUGUGAUGGAGUGGGCAGCACCUUUGGCUUCCUGUGGCCUCCUCCAAAGCCCCACUCUGGGCAUUGAGUGUAUCUUUAAAGCAUUACAGAUUAAGUCCGUGUAAGCUCUUUAUUGUUGCCUUUGGCUGUGUGAGUGAAGGUGACUCAGCUGAGCUGCAGCACUCCCAGGUAGCAGAGCUGAGGUAGCAGGGCAGGGGCUGGGGCUGUCCCACUCCCUCCCACACCCCAGCAGCAAUCCCAGCCCGGCUGUGGGAAGGGACUGGGAGUACAAAGCCACUUUUCCCAGUCCCCUGGCCGUGGAUGGUGUGACCACAGAGCUGUGGCUGUGCCCUGCUGGGAUGAAACCCUCGCGUGGUCAGUGUGCUACGGAUGUGGGAACGGCUCUGCACGGAUUUCCUAAGGUAUUUCCACAUUUUGGAGCUAAAAGGUGCCUUAUACCAUUCUCUGCUCUCCUCAGCAGCGGGCUGGGGCUCAGCACAGGGGGUUUGGCUUCCCUGGGGAGCAGCUGGAGCCCGUGGCCUUAUGCUGCUGGCAGGAGAGUGUGGAGCCUCAGGGGUGAAGGAGAUGAGUUCUCUUUAUGAAAGUUAUCUUCUAGGAUUGUCGAUGGGCUGAACAGGUUGAAAAUAAUGACUUUGCAGAGGAACAGGUGCAGGUGUUUGGCUGUGGGUGACGAGACAGGCGCUGAGGUGAUGGGGGAUGUGGAGAGGCUGCCUCCCCUCGGGGCUCUGCCAUUAACAAGACACCUCUUCCCCCUCCCACUUCAAAUUCCUGCUCUCUUUCUGGCCCCCAAAAUACUGUCUUCUCUCUCUGGGUAAUGUUUGGAAGGAGCUCUUUUCCAUGGUGUGCACGUUGCUUCCCGUGCCCGUGUUGCCAAACCCCGGCAGCGCCGGGCAGAGCAUUCCCAGGACACGGCAGAGGGCACAGACCUGGUGACAACACCCCAAUUCUCAUCCAGGACUGCUGUACUUGAAGGGGGGAGUAAGAAAAUAAACAACCUUGUGUAGUGUUGAAUGUAGAUCAAAAGAAAUCGGGUGUGCAAAUCCGUGUUGGUAAGAUUGAAAAUUUUAAUCUCUUAGUCCGUGGAAACUGCUCCUGGUUGAAGCAUUACUGCAUUCCUGACAUCUUGUAGCUCAGUAGUAAUUAUUCAGUUCCUGUACAUUUAACUUGGAAAAGAAAGAAAUCAAUAAAGUCUAAGGCUGUCAGCAGCAUUGCAAACCCACCAUGUACACGGUAAUGUCAGUAAUAAACUUGGUUUGCCAUGUA